CUGUUGCAGCCUGUGCUCAGACCCCUCCCAACCUGUCGCAUCCUGACCUCUAACCCCUCCUUACCGGUCACUGCUUGCCCUCUGACCCCUUAUUACCUGUUGCAGCCUACCCUCUGGCCCCUCCUUACCUGUUGCAGCCUGUGCUCAGACCCCUCCCUACCUGUCACAUCCUGCCCUCUAACUUCUCCUUACCUGUCAGCCUGCACUCUUACCCCUCCUUACCUGUCACAUCCUGCCCUCUGACUUCUCCUUACCUGUCAGCCUGCACUCUGACCCCUCCUUACCUGUCGCAGCCUGCACUCUGACCCCUCCUUACCUGUCACAGCCUGCCCUCUAAUAUCCUACCAGUUACAGCCUGCCCUCUGACCCCUCCAUACCUGUCGCAGCCUGCCCUAAAUUGGGGGUACUAUUGUUUGGCUACGUCCCUUCCUUGUGAGAUCUUCAGCGUGUGCUGUCCCAUUACAAAGUUUGUCUCAUCAAGGGGCACCAAAAUCUACAUUCACUUACCAAAAAAAAUUAAGCUCAGGCCGCCCUGCGUGGAAACAUCCUCCUAGCUCACACCACGUGCCUGCCGCACUCUCUCUCUUUUGCUCCCAUACCAUGCUCUCAAUCAUCUUGUGACACUGCAGCCAUGCCAACACCACAGGCACAGUCAGCGUUCCUCUCAAGAAGACACAGAGAGAUGACUCCAAGGACACAGGGCAGGACACUGAUAGCGGAUGACAUAUUGGUGGCUUAUUAUGGAGAUGAAGUGUCCCUGCGUCAGUUCCGAGCCUCCUUGCGACAAAUCGUCAGUGCCAACGCUAACAUGGACUUUCUUAAUGGGACCCGCAACGACCCCAUACGUCACUUCGACUCUGAGAGAGUGAAACAGGGGAACAGCCUCCUGCUACGGUCCCGGGAGGACCUGGUGAGGAACAUCCAGGCCAAAGAGUAUGAAGGGGCCCGGGAGACUUUGGGCCAGAUACUGCACUCGCUGCAGGACUUUUACAGCCAUACUAACUGGGUAGAGCUGGGGAACACCGACGUUCACCCCAACCUUGCUACUCCCGGGAAAGACAUCUCCUCUAUCGCUGGAGUCUUUGAUCAAACCUGUACAGAUUGCACUGAUGUCUCUUGUCAGAAUAACAUUGCAGCAGCCAUUCAAAAGAGACAUCUCCUGACGUCGGGAUACUAUGGAGAGACCCCAGAAAAGCCUCAAGGAAAAUGCAGUCACGGCGGACCCUUUGAUGACAGCAGACAACGCAGUGCCCGCGGGGGGAUCAACAAGGACACCGCCACCGCUAUGUUUUCCCCCCACCACUUUCUGCACAGCACAGCAGCCCAGGUGGCACUGCGGGCAUCCAUUAAAUUUCUGAGCGAUCUGCGGAGGGAGGUGACUGACGCAGACAUGAUGAGACUCCUGGGUGUAUCCGCCUACCCAGCACUGAGCUUCGUGUUGGACACCACAGGCAGCAUGGGAGAGGAGAUCACAUCGGCCCGCCUACAGUCCCGUCACAUUAUCGACCGUCAACGUAAAAGUCUGCUGCAGCCGGACUACUACAUCUUGGUGCCCUUCAAUGACCCAAACUUUGGUCCUGUGUACAAGACAAGUGACUCUGUUGAGUUCUUAGAAAUACUGGACAGUCUAAUGGCUCUUGGUGGUGGAGAUGAACCAGAGAUGUGUCUAUCGGCUCUACAGCUAGCGCUGAUCAACACCCCUCCUCUUUCUGAGAUCUUCGUCUUCACUGAUGCCUCUUCCAAGGACAUCCAUCUCAGGAGCUCCGUUGAGGCUUUAAUCCAGGAGAAGAAGAUCAAGGUAUCUUUCCUAAUAACAGAGGAUCCUUCGCGGACUACAAGGAGGAGCAAGAGGCAAUUGCUACACCCAGACAGAUUUGACCUCUACACUGACCUUGCUUCGACCUCAGGAGGCCAAAUCAUCUUCACCAACAACCGUGACAUCUCUGAGGUGUCAGAGGUCAUCGCAGACUCCGCUCACUUUGACGUGAUCACGCUAUUACAUGAGCAGAGGUCAGAGGGAGGUGCCGCUAAAUAUGUUUUUCUGGUGGACGCGUUUGUGCACAGUGUCACUCUAUACAUUAACGGGGACAUCAGGAAAUAUAAUAUCCAUGACCCUACAGGCCGCAAGCAGAGUGGCCUCCAUCACAUUCACGGCAAGUUUAUCCGGGUAAUCCUGCCUGAUCCUCUGCAGGUGGGUGACUGGAAAAUUUAUAUGGAAACUGCUGGACCCCACAGUUUGCGCGUGCAAGGUCGCAGCUCUGUUGAUUUCCUCUAUUAUUUUGGGACACCUGUAAAUGGGUCUCAUCCUGGACUCUACCAACUGAACAACCAACCGGUGGCAGGAGUUCCUGCAAUCCUUGUAGUGGAUGUUAUCGGCCUCCCAGAAUCUGCCAACCUAAGCCAUGUCAGCUUGACCACAGUCAAUGGGGAGAUGCGGACAGUGGAACUGGAAGCAGCCAAUCAGACAGGGCUCCUAGUGGCACAGGUCGGGCAUAUACCGAUUGGAGAAUUCAGUGUCGGUGUGAGAGGUCAGGAUGGAAAGGGACACGAGAUUAAACGUGAGGCUCCACAGCAGCUGAAAUCGGCUGAAUGCACGCUGGAGAUCUCUAGCGAUUCACCUCUGACACCAGGACUCUUGCAUACGAUUUCAGUGAAAAUUACAAAUUUUGGAGCAUCUCACUGUUAUUCUGUCACCUUCAGUAAUGACAUUAGCGAGGUCUCCGCUACACUCAGGAUAGAGAUGGGCCCUGGUGAAACGCGUGUACAGCAGAUGGAGAUCCAAGUUCCUGACACCGCUAAGCACAAUAGGAUAGUCACCGUUCUGGUAAAGGCCGAAGAAUGUGACAGCAAGGUGCCACCGUGUUCCAGCCACCUCUCACUAGUGGUUAUUGGGAACAGAGACGUGAUGCCCGUGUCUCCUCCUGUCUGCGCUCUUCCCUCUUAUUCCGGCUCUUGCCCUGAGUCUCUCCUGCCCGGGCUGCUGUGUCGGGGUCACCUCUGGAGCGCCCUCCUCCUGCUGUCAGAUGCUGAUGGAAUAAGAUUAGUGCAAGUUCUCAAUGGUUCAGGGACAACCUCACAUGGACCUGAUGGAGACUAUGACCGUGUAGAAUUCACUUCCACAUGCUGUACCCCCCAAGCUGAACUACUGCUCACUAAUUACAGGGACACAACAUGGCUUUGCCAAUUGCAAGCACCAGCCAUAGCCAAUCUGAUGCAGCCAAGAAGCCACUGGCUAUCAUUAAUAGUGUCAGUAAUCGCUUGUGUCUUAUUUGCAACUGUAGUAGGCGUAGGGUGGAUGUGUUACCGCCGUCGAAGGAGGGACAGAUGGGCUAGUGAUACCAGUGAUACACACAGUCACAACAGCCCAAGAGCCAAUGACGUUUUGUAAAUGGCUGUGUUCAAUUGUCCGGUGCUUUGCCCUGUGGCCGAGAGCCAUUGACUGUGGACAAUGGUCGGAGAAGAAGCAGAAUCACCAUGGUAGAGAAUUGUGGAAGCUCUUGCCCAUAUGUAAUUCAUAUUCGUUUGUCCUUAUUUAAGUUCGUUCUAGAGUUUGCAAUAAUGUUGGGGACCAAUUGAGAUUUGUGUUUUUUUGCCAGAACCAUAAAAACUCUCCAUACCAACCAGUGUGGAUUUUAGUAAACUAGGUGUUGUAAAAUAAUUAUUAUAGCCUCUUUUAGUGCAUAUGUACAAAGGAUAAUACAUUAAAAGACCCAUCGGUAAGUAUAUUAGCUCUGAACGCGAAUCAUUGGUCAAUAUUUAUUUGACACAUUGCAAUGAACCAGUGCCGCAGCUGGAGGUUUGCGCGCAGUUGUGUUGGGCAGAGCGGUUGCACAGUGUCCAGUAGGAGCAUCCUAUGCUAGUGGAUACAGGGAGCAGGAGGAAAAAUUUACGUCCAAUACCGGAACAAAUCAUUCCAACUACUGCCACGCCCCCAUCCUUCUGUGGCCACACCCCUUUGUCAGGGGGAAUUUGUGACCGGCACAUUAAAAAAAUUAUAUCUGGUGGUUAUAUUUAAAGAAGGGGGGCAAGCGGAAGUAAGUGACCCACCUGUUCUGUGCCAUGUCUAUACAAACAGACUACUGUAAGUUGUAAUGAAACCUGGAACCCUGAGUGGGGAAAGGUUAGCAAUGGUAAUGAAAGUUAUUUUGGAGUACUGCAGGCAUGAAGACUCCCAUUAGAUCUGUAACGGGGGGAUACAACAGAUGUAUUUAAUUUACUUUAUAUUUGUAUUUGUAUGUAAUUACUUUUGAUGUGGAAUUUCUGACUGUAAAAUUCAUUAAUAACGAUC